AUGCAAUUUUUUAGGUUAUGUUUGAAUUCCAUAGUAGGCCUCCACGAUAACCAGUUGGUGAAAACAGUUGGAUUGAAUGUACAGGCUAUCCACGAUCUUCAGCAGAAGUUCAUGAUAAAUGAACUGAGCUUCCGAAGCAUUGACAAGGAAGUACAGCAGGUGAUGAAGGAGGCCGACAAGACAUCGAUACAGGGAGAAAAGUAUAAUUUAUACGUCACUAAUUCUCUUGUAUUUGACGGUGAUGUGCGAAAGAAGUUCGAAAUUUUUGCUUCGAUUUACAAGAACUUCGUCUUCAAGAAGAAUGACAUCAGUCCUUGGAAGGCAAUGUCCGAGUGGGGUGAUACCCAGAAUGAGAAGUUUAAAGUCAAUCUUAGACUUUGUAUCAUUAUGAACUCGAAAUAUUAUGACUUAGCGAACAUACAGUUCAAAAGGAAUAGUGGCAAUAUGAAGGAAGAUGAGUCCAAGGUCCUGGUUAAAGGAAAAACUAUUUUAAAUUGUCUUUCCAGAUACCACAAUUUGGACAUUUAUAGAGCUAAAAAGUUGAAGGUGAUCGUUGGACAAUUCUGUGGUAAUUUCAUUCUUUAUAAGUUAAAGGGUGUAUUCAAACAAAUUCGAUUUGGUGCUCCUAGUGCCUAUAUGGUUGAUAAGUGGGGAAAGACAAUCAAGUAUCCCAUCAACGAAGGAAUGAUUGACACAUUUGUUGAUCAGCUUCAACAACUUUUUGCAUUCAAGGAUGAAGUCAUAAAACAAGCAGAAAACCUUAAAGGACGACUACUUGAAGAUGAUUCAUCGUUUGGACCACCGUUGACUGUUGAAGAUCAGUCAUUUGCAAAAGAAACUUACUACUUAGGUAGAAAAACUAAAAUCUUUCCUAAAUUGAAGGAAGAUAUUUUCAAACAAUAA